CACCUUUUCUUCCAAAACCCUUUCCUCCUCCUUUCUCUCCUUCCAUCACACCAAACUCAGUCUCCCCCCAAUUUCCUAGCAACCUCCAUUUUCAUUCUUCUUCCUCCCAAUUCUUUUCCAUUUCUUCUACAAUCCGCCUUUCCUCCUCCCCUUUUCAUUCUCAUUUUACCUCCUAAUUUUCUUCCCUUCUCCUCUGUAAUUUCCUUCUUAAUGGCUGCCUCCACCGCCCAGAUCCAUGGCCUGGGACCUUCUUCCUUCUCUCCGCCCUCCAUUCGAACCUCUAACCAUGUUUCUCCACGGACUGUGUUCUUCGGCCAAAAACUCCGCCAUUCUUCUGGUUUUCCUACCGCCACUUUUUUUAAGUUGAGGACCAAUUUUAGCCGUAGGACUUCGACUGUCAGGCCAUUGAAGGUCGUCAGUGAGAAAGUUGUGGGAAUCGACCUUGGCACCACCAACUCAGCAGUGGCGGCUAUGGAAGGUGGGAAGCCGACUAUUGUAACCAACGCCGAAGGCCAGAGGACGACUCCAUCGGUGGUGGCCUACACUAAGAACGGAGACAGGCUUGUGGGUCAAAUUGCGAAGCGACAGGCGGUAGUCAACCCUGAGAAUACUUUCUUUUCGGUGAAGAGGUUUAUUGGUAGAAAGAUGUCGGAGGUGGACGAGGAGUCGAAGCAGGUCUCCUACAGAGUAGUGCGCGACGAGAAUGGAAAUGUGAAGCUGGAAUGCCCCGCGAUUGGGAAACAAUUUGCCGCUGAAGAAAUUUCAGCUCAGGUCUUAAGGAAGCUGGUGGACGAUGCUUCGAAAUUUUUGAAUGAUAAAGUAACCAAGGCUGUGGUGACAGUGCCUGCCUACUUUAACGAUUCCCAAAGGACGGCCACAAAGGAUGCUGGUCGGAUUGCCGGUCUAGAAGUUUUGCGUAUUAUCAAUGAACCCACGGCUGCUUCAUUGGCAUAUGGAUUUGAAAAGAAGAGCAAUGAAACUAUCUUGGUGUUUGAUCUUGGUGGGGGCACUUUUGAUGUUUCAGUGCUUGAGGUGGGUGAUGGAGUGUUUGAAGUGCUAUCUACUUCGGGAGAUACGCAUUUGGGUGGCGAUGACUUCGACAAGAGAAUUGUGGACUGGCUCGCUGCAGAUUUCAAGAGGAAUGAGGGCAUAGAUUUGCUGAAAGAUAAACAGGCUCUUCAGCGGCUCACUGAGACAGCUGAGAAAGCGAAAAUGGAGCUGUCUUCUUUGACUCAGGCCAACAUUAGUCUGCCUUUCAUCACUGCCACGGCAGAUGGGCCCAAGCACAUUGAGACCACUGUUACAAGGGCCAAGUUUGAGGAAUUAUGCUCAGAUCUUCUUGAUAGGCUUAAGACUCCAGUGGAAAAUUCGUUGAGGGAUGCAAAGCUCGCGUUUAAAGAUAUUGACGAGAUAAUUCUUGUGGGUGGAUCAACACGUAUUCCGGCUGUUCAGGAACUUGUCAAGAAGUUGACUGGGAAGGAACCAAAUGUCACUGUCAAUCCUGACGAAGUUGUUGCUCUAGGUGCUGCUGUUCAGGCUGGUGUGUUGGCCGGAGAUGUUAGUGACAUUGUGCUGCUGGAUGUGAGUCCGCUAUCUUUGGGUCUUGAGACUCUAGGUGGUGUAAUGACUAAAAUUAUCCCAAGAAAUACUACACUUCCUACCUCCAAAUCAGAGGUCUUCUCUACAGCCGCUGAUGGACAGACCAGCGUUGAGAUUAAUGUUCUUCAAGGAGAACGAGAGUUUGUGAGAGAUAACAAAUCACUUGGUAGCUUCAGACUAGACGGUAUACCUCCUGCGCCACGUGGGGUUCCCCAAAUUGAAGUCAAAUUUGACAUUGAUGCCAAUGGAAUCCUGUCGGUUACUGCAAUAGACAAAGGCACAGGCAAGAAACAAGAUAUCACCAUUACUGGUGCUAGCACAUUGCCAAGUGAUGAGGUGGAGCGAAUGGUUAGCGAAGCGGAGAAGUUUGCAAUGGAGGACAAGGAGAAGAGAGAUGCUAUUGACACGAAGAACCAGGCUGAUUCAGUUGUGUACCAGACAGAGAAGCAACUGAAGGAGCUUGGAGACAAGGUGCCUGGGCCAGUGAAAGAGAAGGUGGAGUCAAAACUUGGGGAAUUGAAGGAAGCAAUUUCAGGUGGCUCAACCCCUGCCAUUAAGGAUGCUAUGGGUGCUCUAAACCAAGAGGUGAUGCAGCUCGGGCAAUCCUUGUACAAUCAGCCUGGUGCUACUGCUGGACCGAGCGCCGAAACCGAAUCAGGGCCAUCGGAAACAUCGGGCAAAGGAGGCCCUGAAGGAGAUGUUAUUGAUGCCGAUUUUACUGACAGCAAAUGAGGACAUUAAAAUUGGUCCCCUCUUCUGGAUAGAAAUUUUUGGGUUCUCGUGAGGCUCAGAUUUAUAUUGCAAUUUGAUUUUUGCGGGGCAGAUCGGAUUGGUGUGUUGGUUUAGUUGGGUGCAGAGGGUUUGUUAUUAGCCACUGCCCCAUGAUAUCAGUUUUAUAAAUUACGUGAUCUCUGUAAGAGAAGAAAAAUGCUUCUUUUACAAGGACUGCUAUCAGCUAAAAUUUGAGUGGCAGCUGUAACUUCCAAAAUUUUCCUUGCAGUUAAUUUCACGGUACAUGGCCACACUAA